GUGUUCAAGGAGCUGCAGACGCCCAGCUGGAAAACCUUGGCUCAAAUAGGCGACAAGCUAAAAGAGGCAUGGAAGCAUAUCGUGAAAAAUCGCAUGGGAUGGUCGAACAUCGGUACAGAGACCAGGCAGUGAUGAUUUUCGUUAAUUAUAAAGGACCAGUCAACUGUUGUUGACA